UUAUGGUUAUUCAGUUGGCGAUACUGACGUUUGGCAAAAGAAUUAUAAUAUUAUUAUAUCGGUAAGGUUAUCUGAUCAUAACUAAACUUUCAGACACGUGAAUGGCCUUUAAAUUUCUAAGGUGUAGUAACUAAUGUAUAUUUAAUAAAUAUUUAAUUGAAGUAAAAUGACACGAGUUAUAAUGAUGACAUAAUAUCUGAAUAAAAGCAUAUCAUUUAAUCAUGAUCGCAGAAUAUGAAUCUGCUGUUGUAAUUAAGGCUAAACCAAUUCGUAAAGUAUUUAAAGCUCCAGUCAAAGUUAAUAAGAUACCGCAAGAACUUUUGAAUGAUCCAUUAUUGAAUGCAGCCAUUGCAGCUUUGCCUAAUAAUUACAAUUUUGAAAUACACAAAUCGAUAUGGAGAAUCAAAGAAACAAAAGCGAAAAGAGUCGCUUUACAAAUGCCAGAAGGAUUAUUAAUGUAUGCAACAACUAUAGCUGAUAUUAUUGAAAAUUUUACGGAUGCAGAAAGUAUUAUUAUGGCUGAUGUAACAUAUGGUGCUUGUUGCAUAGAUGAUUAUACAGCUCGAGCAUUAGGUGCAGAUUUUAUGAUUCAUUAUGGACACUCUUGUCUAAUACCUAUCGAUCAAACUAUUGGAAUUAAAAUUCUCUAUGUAUUUGUUAAUAUAAGUAUUGACAUUGUACAUUGUAUAGAAAGCAUUAAAGCAUCUUUAUUAGUUACUUCUAAAAUUUCACUUGUUAGUACGAUACAGUUUGUAGGAACAUUACAAACAAUUGCAACGGAACUAAAAAAAAAUGGAUAUGAAGUUACUAUACCACAGAGUAAACCAUUGAGCCCAGGCGAAAUUUUAGGUUGCACUGCGCCACAAAUGCAUUGCACGGAUGCUUUAGUCUAUAUAGGAGAUGGUAGAUUUCAUCUCGAAGCUGCUAUGAUUGCUAAUCCAAAUUUGCGAGCAUUCAGAUAUGAUCCUUACGAAAAAAAAAUGACAGAAGAAUUCUAUGAUCACAAAGAAAUGCGUGAAACAAGACUCUCGGCGAUUAAUAUAGCAAAGAAUGCUCAAAUAUUUGGAGUGAUACUUGGGACUUUAGGUCGUCAGGGACAUCCAAGAAUUGUGGAUCAAUUACAAAAUAGGUUGAAAGCUUUAGGAAAAGAAAGUAUUAUUAUUUUACUUUCCGAAAUAUUCCCAGAUAAAAUAAAAUUAUUCAAAAACGUAGAUAGUUUUAUACAGGUUGCAUGUCCACGUCUCAGCAUCGAUUGGGGUGCUCAAUUCCAUAAGCCUUUUCUCACACCUUACGAAGGUGCGGUCGCCCUGGAAAUGGCCGAAUAUGAUAGAAAUCAAGCAUAUCCUAUGGAUUUUUACUCUGCGGCUAGUUUAGGUCCAUGGACACCAAAUCAUAAAGAGUUUGAAUUAGAGAAACGCGUUAAUACAUGCUGUGUAUAGAUUAAUUUACAUUUGAUAAUACAGUUUCUUCAUAUAAUGAGAUCUAAAGUAACGGGUGAAAACAAUUGGGAAGCAAAGUGGACUGGACAAGGAGUACAAGAUAGCGGUACAGUACGUCGAACAUCCAAAAAAUCAGACAAAUUUAGAUUAUCAAAGUCUCCACGAACAUCUACAUCCAAAGAAAGGACGCUUCGUAGAUUAGAAAGUAAUGAAAGAGAAAGAAUGAGAAUGCAUAGUUUGAAUGAUGCAUUUCAGUCUCUACGCGAAGUAAUUCCACAUGUUACUAAGGAAAGACGUCUUUCCAAAAUAGAAACUCUUACAUUAGCCAAAAAUUAUAUAGUUGCUCUUACGGAUAUAAUAUGUGCAAUAAGAAACGAUGAGAACCCUACUAAUCAAAAAGUUGAAAUAUCGGAAUCCCAAAAACCAGCGUGUAACACAAAUAUUUGCAUGGACAUAAAUACACCGGCUUCUUCAAGAUCUUGCAGCCCAGAAGUUCAAAGCUUCUAUUAAAAGGGAGUACAUUUUAAUGGAUUACAAUAGAAAAAUAGUGAAACCAAAGCUACAAGUCUGUGAAAUAUUAACAAUGUAGAUCAAAAACGAAUGUCUAAAAGUUUUAAAAAUCAUUUUACAUAAUUAUAUUAUAUACCAUAUUCUUUUCAAGAUAUAGAAUAUUAAUGC